GGGGGGACAAGUGCAUGUGAGUGACAUCUCCAUCGGGACCGCAUUUCUUUCGAGUUCUUCCAUAUCUUCUCUUCUUUUCUUCUGUACACAACAUUCUGUGCUUCAGACUUGAGCGCAUCAUCAUCUGUCCCUACUCUUCCUAUUGGACCAACACUCCCCCUCCAUCGAGACAGAUACGGUCUGCUGCAUCCUAAGUUUCCAAGGAUACAUCCCCCCGCAAACGCCCCCAAAUCUCACUCACGUCUAUCUAUCCGUGUCGUUAUCUGCCGCUACUCUACUGUAGGCUAGGUAGCUAGCAAGACAUUGAUGUGAAUAUCUGCGACCCGACCGCUUCGAUCUCUCUUUGGCCCCUGGAACCUCCGCAUAUCACAUCUCUUGUAUUGUCUUACCGCCUCUCAACAACUUGUAGUCGAAUACUACUGUGACUACCACUGUAACGGGACAACGGCACUCGAUCACAUCAUUGCAGGUUCGCAGACCGCAGACCGACGUUGGCUUGGCGAUACCCACGGAACCAGAUACCCUGGCCAAUCCCUGGUCAGCGUCACAGCCUGUGGACGAAGAGGAAGAGUCUAGAGAAGAGAGGAGUGAAAAGGACUCAACAAGAAAGAACUCUCUCCACUAAACCCCACGUGCCAAUGCGCUCGAUGAGGCUGAAUCUGGCCUAGAACGUCUUGACAUUGGUUCAAUCACUCGGCUUCGCUGCCACCGAAACCCAGUUUUUCUACCCAAGGUUAGAGUGUCUCUGAUUGAAGAGCCUACUGUAGGUACAGUACCAGGCUGUAGAGUACAGCGGUAUUUGACCGGUAUUUGCCUCCUCCGGCCGCACCGCCAUUCUCAAAUCGACCUCCACUGCCUCCGCCGCUUUCACCGUCGUAAUCUGCCGCCUCUUACACGGCCACAGGCAGAAGAAUAAGAAAAGACACAGAGGGUUUACCGUCCUACCCCCCCUGUUUUCUCUUUCCCCUCAUCUUUCGACUUUCAUUUGUAUCAUUCCAAAUCAAAAACUCAACUCUUGUCUUGGCUUUAUCGCCGCAUUAAACUCUGGUAUUCCUUGGCUUUUUAGGGACUCGACUCCAGAAGUGAGAGUCAGUUGAAUUGGGCUACCGCCGGGCCCGGACUCCUCCUUUACAGCAGUAACCCCACCCACUACGGAGUACCUACUCUCGGUUCUCUAGGACCUGGGAACACCCCUGAUAGUUCUAAGGCCAGGCCUCCCCGACCCGACCAGUCCGAGUCUUUUCUCUUUCUUUGCGACAUUUCCUUGUUGUCGCUCCGUUCUUCUUAUCUUGUUUACUUACUUGCAUACGCUGGUCGUUGAGAGAGCGAAGAGAGUGUAUCUUCUGUGAAGAACCUUUGUGUGUGUGGAGGUGAUUUGUCUGUUCCUUGUACAACUUGAAAGAAAAGAGGAGUCAAAUUCUUUCAUGAUGCUCUGAGAUAUACGCUGGGCGUGCGACAGACUCCUCACCCUCCGCCUGCGCUGCGCCCGUAUCCGUGCAACGGCGACAAGACGCCCAACAACACCAAGACCAAUACCAGCAGCGACACCAACAACACAACACAAAACCCCUCGUAUACCUCUUUGACACCCCUUGAAACCCUUUGGGGUUCUUUUUCAACCUCUCUUCUACACUAUUGCCUAUUUUUUAAUGGCAAUGGCGCAGACCAGCAGUUCGUUACCGGGUCACCUACACGGUCACGGCUUCGGACAUGGUAAUCAAUACGGCCAUGGACAUGCUAAAAUAACAAAACCUCGCAGUCGACCUGCUGUGAAGCCAAUCCUCAAGAAACUGCAAUCGCACCACUCCCACUCGGAAAAGAAUUCCCUCGAUUUGGAUCGCGGUUGGGACGAGCAGGGUCAAUUUGGUUAUUCCUCGUAUAAUGUGGACGGCGACGACUCGUCUUAUACGGCAGGUGCAUCAGCACUGCCAACACCUGCCGCCCGCGCCCGCGAUGUCAGCUUCUCUAUAUCGGCCACGGAUCUGAGCAAUGGAGGUGCUCGCUCAAACAAGUAUUCGCACGGGCAUGCUCGCUCUACCAGUGGCACUUCUCAUGCUUCUAUUGCGACUUCUGCUAGCGGUGGCAGAAACGGCUCCUUUGUGCAUCCUUUUCAACAAACGCCGCGCACCUCAACACCACCUCUCUCCUACGCCAACUCGCUCGCAUCCCUGGACAAUACCACCGGACCUCGCGAUUAUUCUCCCACGAUAACUGAGAACGAGGACAAUAUCGACUCUCAGAGCCUUCAGACUUCGACUCGUGCCUAUCAUUCUGGUUCCCGGCCCCGCCGUCCCUCUCUUGCUAGUCAGCGCACCAGCUCAUUAUCAGAUGUGAACCAACCGCUGCGCAUCACUACCAACGGCCGCGCUGCCCCAGGAAUAUCUGCGCGAAAGCCCCAUAGCAUCGUGACUCGCAGCCGAUCUGACCUCCACCUGAACACAGGCUCAACCACUGCUCUCGACUCUGCGUCAAGCACCAGCCCACCUUCUGGUUCCUUUGUUUCACCCCAGAUGAUCGCUGCGUCUACAUCCUCCAACGCCAUGUCACCACUCCGAAGCUCUCUCGACAUGAGCGGUUUCCGUCUCCGCUCACGCAGCGAGGUUGACACUGUCACACGCCAGGAGAACGUCCGCGAGGCCCGUCGUAAGUUUGAGGAAAAAGAACGAGCCAAGGAGGAAAAGUACGCCCGUGAGCAGAUCCGCAAGCAAGAACGUGCAGAGAGUCGUGAAGCCCACCGCUUCAACAAGAAUGGUCGCAAGGGUAGCUUUGGAACCUCUCGAAUCUCGUGUGAUCGUGUGUCCAGUAGUACUGAUAUUCGGCCUUCGAUCUCCCGCAAGACUACCGGCACUGGCGUGGGUCUGGGGUUGACCACCGAGAACGAGAAGGUCGACUUUGGUACCCGCAGCUACGACACUGUGCCUACAGGCCAGACUCCUGGCGCUAGAGCUGACGAUGUGCACUUCCAAUCAACUCACCGAACCAAAACCACCAAGCGGAAAACCACCAGUACUUGGACCGCUUUUGUUCUGUGGUUGAGGACGCGACUGCUCAAGCUUGGUCGAAGAUAGGGGAAUUUUACCAGCGAGACCAAGACCAAACUCAAGACCAAAUUCUCUGGCCCAAAGAAGGGAUUCGUUGUCAGAACUCCCUAUCAGCAAUACCAGCCGCGACAGCAGACUAGCGCCUUCGACGCAUACUGCUCAUCACCAUAUACCCCUCGCCGAUGAAUCUACGACUGCUUUCCUCGGCAGAUACUCGGCGAGCACAAAUUUACAGCUAGCCAUAUCCUUCACUACGAUACCUUGAAUUUCACCUACGGGAAGCAGUAUAUCCCUCACUUCCCAUUCGCCCACGUAUAACGCACACCACUCACGGCCUUUGGAGCAAUGUGGCAUGGAAACGAGCGAGUUUUCACGACCAGGAGGAACGUUAUCUUUUGACAUUUUACAGGCAAGGAGUUGGGGUUUACCACUUUGUUUUUUCUCUCUUCUACUUCUACGAUUGGUAUGCAUGGUUGCAUCAACGGACUCAAGCUACGCGGGAUGAACUCAAGAACUUUGUUCUUUGAUUUGGGACGAUUUGUUGCAUUGCUUCUUGUUUUUUCGAGUAUCAUUUCCAGUUCGGCCUGCACGGCUGUGGCAUAUCGGAUGGAACGGCUUAGGCGCUUCUACCAUAGAACCGGAUCAAAACAUGAACAGACAUGACCGGCAAUUUGCCUCCCUCACGUUAACGUUACGUUUCCUCCCUCUCUUGGCAAACCAUCCUGUGAAGUAGCACAGCCCCCAAUUCUAGUGACUCGAGUGUCGGGCCAAGAAUAAGACGAAUCCAUCGUACGUGUGUAUCAGAGUGGCUCAGCUUUGCCUCCUCUGCUUCCCUUUCACAUGACAUUAAUCAAUUGCACAUGACGUUCGUUUGCGGCCUUUGACAGAGAGUGGGUCGGCUUGGCGGAGGUCCUAAGUGUGGGGAGGAUUAGUUAGACAGGGGUCUUGAAGGCAUGGAUCUCAUGACCUCUUUUUGAUGGUUCAGCGCUAAAUCGUUCCUCGAGUCCUAUCUAUGGAGACAUUAAUCUGGGGUUAUGAGACAGAACCUUAUUGUUGAAGAUGAAUGCAGAUAUGUGUCUCACUAAGGGAUGAGGAGAAAUGGAUUUAUGGGUAUCACGAUGCAGUAUUCUGUAGAAGUUUGGUGACGAGUUUACACCAAAACAAACGGAGUACAAUUCGUAAGGCAUAGAUAGCAAAGUGACCAUAAAAUACAGCAAUAGACGCAUUUCCAGCAAUGAAUCACUACAGCUUUGGCCUGGCAAUAUCAACAGGCGUCCACCAAGGGUAGAUUUUGGGCGCAUUCUUGUCCAUAGUCCCCGUAAAAUCCGGCUUCCUCUUCUCCAAGAAGCUAUUCAUUCCCUCUUUCGCAUCCUUACCUGUGAACAAGUCCCAAAAUAUCUUGCUCUCAAGUAAAUGCGCCUCCUCAGGCGACGAGGCUCCCCUGUAGAUCAUGUCCUUCAUUACUCGCGCAGAAACACCACUUACAUUGGUCGCUAUCUCAUCCGCGAUCCUGAGCGCUGUGGGAAGAACCUCUUCAGGUGCGACAAUCUCACUGAAGAGACCGUCAAAGAGCUUGUGAGUGGCAGGGUAGACAGCGCCAGUGGUGGUGAGGUGAAGUGCACGGCUGGUUCCUAUGAGGCGUGGGAGGAAGAAGCUGCUGCAUGCCUCCAUGCUGAAACCACGGCGACCAAACACAAAGCCAAUCUGGGCGUCGCGGCUCACAACGCGGAUGUUGGCGCCGAGAGUCAUUGUGAUACCCACGCCAACAGCAGAGCCAUUGAUAGCGACGAUAACAGGCUUGUUGCAGCGAUACAUAGGUAAAGUGACAAUACCACCCGAGUCGCGAUGAUCAGCGGCGUCUUUCCCCAGCGCAUGCUCCUCAUUGAAGUCCAUGCCUGCGCAGUACAUGCGGUUCUUUGGAUCCGACGAAGUGAGAACUAUAGCGCGAACGCGAGGAUCAACGGAGAGUGUGUUGAGCGCAUGGGAGAGCGAAGCCGCCAUUGUGUCGGUGAAUGCAUUACGGGCUUCAGGACGGUGAAGCUUUAUGACUAUGACAUGUGUGACUUCUUUGGAAGAGGGAGGAUGAUGGAAGAGCUGCAGGGUUGGGAGGUUGAGGGUUGCAUAGCUGUCGGGGAGCGAAGGCGAUGCCAUUGCGAUUAUUGGUAUUGUGAGUAAUAAACGAAGUAUGAAUGAGUGAAGCUGAGGUCAGGACGAUGUUAAUUUAGAGUGCGACGGAUUGAUUGGGCUUCUUCAGUUGAGCCGCGGAAUGGUGACAACGUCUCUUGACUCACAAGAUCGAACCGAGGUGCAAGCUAAAUAAGCCCAGAAGCGUUGAG